AUGUCGAGGCGCAAGUGCGAGGCAGACCAGGAUUUUCUUUCUGCCCUGUGCAAGAAGUACAGCUUGGACAUUGUUCGUUUCAAGGGCAGCGCCGAGAUCGAGCAGACGAUUGCAGAGUACAGGGAUUUCCUCGUCGAGUGCGCCGCGGUCACGACUCGCCUGGGGCACCCCGACUUGGCCAAGCAAGCCAAGAAGUAUGCCCCAGAGAAGUCCGCAACCGAACUGACCAGUUGGGCCAUUGCGAUGAAGAACGGGCUGAGCUACUGCGCGGCGCACCGCAGCAAGGACGUCAAGAAGGUUUCGCCAGCCAUGGCUGCGGUGAUCGCGGCCAUGCGCGACCAGGGCUCGAGCCCGACCGCCGCUGCGCAAGGGCCGAGCCCGACCGCCGCGGCGCCAGGGCCGAGCACGGCCGCCGCGGGGCCGCGGUCGCCCGCGAAGAAACGCAGGAGCGUCGCAGGGUUAUACGGGAUGGCCACGCCGAAGAAAUCCUCGGCGGUGAUGGACUUGGAGUCGCCCGAGUUGAUCGUGGCGUCCCAGGACGCGCCGCGCGACGGCGAGGCCGCCGCAGGAGCUGCCGAGCAGGAGUCGUCGCAGCAGGAGCUCGCGGGCAGCGAGGCCGCCAGGCCCCAGGAGAUCAUUACCAUCGACUACGCGACCAUGGAAUUGAAGUUCCUGAGUGACGACGGCACCGAGACGGCUUUGCCGCUCGCGCCAGGGCCGAAAGGGUUCUGCGUGGCGCGCGGCGCCGCCGGGCCGAUCGAGACCGAGGUGACGAAUGUCACGUACGCCGCCUGGGAGGAAGGGUUGCCUAAGAGGGGGAAGCCCGCAGGAAAAAUCUCCAAGAAGCCAGCGGCCGCGGAGCAGCCCGCCAUCGUCGAGAAGGGCGCCGUGAAGAAAAAGCCGAGCAUGACCAGCGCCGAGGAGGAAGCCGCCGUCGCCACCGCGACCGCAGACGAGCGCGGCGCUCCAAAGGGGGCCGCGGCGGCGGCCAUGAGGAGGCCAGCAGCGGCCAGGAAGAGGCCAGCAGCGGCCACGUUCGAUUUCCAUGCGCAGGAGAUCGGCCCAUCGAUGUACUACAAGAAUUCGCACAGCGUCGCCCUGCGCCUGGCUGGCGGCGGGUCGCAAAUAUUCUCCAUCGGCGGCAAGAAUUGUACGAGUUCAAAGGAGGAGAUGAAAGAGGUCGGGGAAGACGUAAGGCAGCAGCUGAACGACGGCACGCUCCUGUUCGAGGACGCGUGGGAGUAUGCGAGGUCCCACCUUGCGUGGGCGCCGUAG